UAAGGGAAUAUUUGUUUGUGUUUUUACUCUCCAACAUUUUGAAUCAUUUAUUACAAUUACUAUUCAUAAAGUUUCUUGUUAGGGGAAUCUUUGUUGUAGAAUCUGAGGAAAUAUGAUGAGUAUGAAAAUGAAGUAGAAUGAAGGAGAAUCAGUAGAGCACAUUGUUAGUGGAAGAUUUCCUCCUUGAUUGAUUGAUUGAUUGAUUCUUUACUGUUCAUACUUUACAACAAACCAAACGGCUAUUCUGACUUUUUGUUCUCUCUGUCUCUUCCUUCAUUAACUCAUUAAGGAUUUUGUGAAUUGAAUUCAAAUGUCACACACAAGGCAAAACAAGAUGACGAUGAUGAAUCCAAACGUUGCUGACACAACCUAUACUAAGAUUUUUGUUGGUGGUUUGGCUUGGGAGACCAAGAGAGACACACUCAAACGUUAUUUUGAUCAGUUUGGUGAUAUCUUAGAAGCUGUUGUUAUCACUGACAGAACCACUGGAAAAUCAAAAGGAUAUGGCUUUGUUACUUUCAAGGAUCCAAAUUCUGCAAUACUAGCUUGCCAGAAUCCUAAUCCUGUAAUUGAUGGCAGAAGAGCUAAUUGUAAUCUUGCAUCUCUAGGUGCACAAAAAUCUGAUCCAUCAUCAGGAACACAGAAAUUCAAUAGUCCUUCAAGGAAUACUGCACCAAUCCAAUUUCAAGGUUUCUCAACUUAUUACAAUCAACAUAUACCACACUAUCCGUUUCCUUAUCCAGUUUAUAGGUACCCCCACCCUGGUUAUCCUCGUCCACAAGACAUGUAUGAAAUGAACUAUUAUAAUGUAUAUGGUGGACAACAAUUUCCAUUUCGCUGGUUUCCAGCAUAUUGGAAACCAGUUAUCCCAACAGUAUAUGUGAAAAAGACACAAGAGUUCAAUGUUGUUGGCAUAUCAGAACCAAUUUCACCUUCUACUUCAAUUUCAAGCAAUGGAUUAAUCACAGAAACAGUAGCUGCAACAAGAGUAGUAGAACCUCCUAAAGAUCAGAAAUCUUCAGCUUAAGAGAAACUUCCAUCAAUUGACUAGAAGAAAGAAAGCAAAAAGAUAAAUGACACUGUUCAAUUAAGUAUAAAGUUUUGAGAAAAUGUUCAAUCAUGUGGUCCAGCAAAGUAACCAUAAAUCAAGCAAUAACAUACUGAGGUUUUACUUUGUGAAUUAUGAUUCAUUCUUUAGUUUAUCUUUGUCAAGGGAUUCCUGCUACAUUAUAGUUUACAAAGGAAAAAAAUGGUUGUUAUUUUAUAGUAUUCUAUAUUGCUAAGGCAAUUUUGUGUUGCAGCAGUACCAUCAACAAUUCUAUAUCCUUUUAGCUGAAGCAAAACUCAGUUUCGAAAGAAAAAAUUUGUCUUUAAAAA